UCGGGACAGAAAUGGUCGCGCCACCUCCGAAUCUAGGCGGACAAUUGCUGGAAGGAAAACAAAAAUCAAUACCUUAUGUGUUUGGCCUCUCUUCUAGUAAAAUUCGGGAUUUUCGAAGAUGUCGAACUGGGUUCAUGCUCGUUGGCCACACGCAUACUGACAUAGACGCGACUUUUAGUGUUUUCUCGAAAAAGAUGAAGGACAACGAUGCUUACACCAUGAAGCAAUUGUUCUCGUUUAUCGAGUCUUUGCACAAGAUACCGCCGAAGUGCACUGAGCUCGAUCACAUUGCCGAUUGGCGCCGGGUUGUGGAUCGAUACGUCGACAAAAGCAUCGUCGGCAUGUCGAAACCGAAUCUCUUCAAAUUCUUCAUGCUUAACGGCAAUCCCGUCAUGGUGUACAAAAAGUACUGCACCGAUGCAGAAUGGAUGCCGGAAGGCAAACCAGUUCACUGGAUGAACUUCAACCAGACCUCGGCCCGCGCAAGCGCUUCUAGCUCGUCUCACGGCGGCGUCUCGCCAGACCGGAUUCCCGAUCUCGGUCUUUUCAUUUUGGACAAGAAUAUAUGGGAGUACGAGCGAGUGAACUGUUCACGACGAUAUCUGAACAUCGAGUUGGAUGUUGCGCCUGAUGGGCAAGUUCCCGUGAUAUUGAGGAUGGGCGCCACCGCCGAUGACCUUGCCGUCGAUAGAGAUGUGGGUUGGAACUUCUGGUACCUGUACUCCUUGGAAGAUGAAAUUGAUGUAGAGCCCGUCGGCGAGGAGGGAGAUUCAGAACCUGCCACUCCUGAAGAGAUGACGGACGUGUGGCGCGUCGUCUGUGCAAAGCAGAGCUGGUCAAACGCCGACAGGAGGCACGUAAAGCUUUGUGCCAUGUUUUGCCUGGGACAACCGGUUGUGCCUGCACCGAUCAUCAUAGAUUAUUACGGUCGCGUUCGGGUAUUCAACCGUUACACGACGAUAGUGAUGCUGUUCACGGCCGUGAAGGUUGACGCUCGAAAGAUGAAAGCGCUUUUCAUUGCAAGGGAGGAGUUCCGAGGAGUCACCCUCAAUUCUGUGCAAGCGUUUCGCAGCCCCACGGUCGAGGGUGCACUCAGACGCUUCAGAGAUCCGUUCUCGCACGAUGCGACAUUAAGGAAGGAGGUCAACUUCAGAGUCGACUGUUUGGUGCACUCUCAGUUGCACUACCUUUUCGAUAACUGUGACGAGAUUUCCUGGAAAGUGGAACAUAGGGACCACAACUUAGAGGCUGUUUUCGAGAGGAGGAAUAUUGUCUGUCGACGGUUUGGGGAUGCAUCAUCUUCAUCUUCGACAGAUGGCAGCGGGCUUCUUCCAAUGCCGGCGCAGGUAGCGGGUACUUCAAAUGCAAUUGUUCCCUACCAGGCUCCUCAUAAUAGGAGCUAUGUAGGAGGUAAUGGCCAGUCGAAUGGAGGCUACAAUACUGGUAACUACCGUAAUGUUGGGUCUAGUAACGACCAACGGUAUUCGCGAAACUGGAAUGGCGGAUACGGGGAUCGGGAUAAUGAUGAUAGGUUUAAUAGGAUCUAUGGUCUGUUAGCGGAACAGGCGGAAGAGCGUCAGCAGCGCAAGCGGGAGGCUUCAGAGCUGGUUUCUUUAGAAGAGGAUAAAAAAAGAUUGCAGGUAGAAGAAAUGAACCGGUGUGAGGAGAAGGAAAGAGAGCUGCAAGAGGCAAGGUUGGGGCAUAUUGUACGAUCGAGCAUGAAAGUGGUUUGUGAAUCUGCACUAGGGAGGAAGGUUGAUCUUCCCGGUGAUGAGGAAUCUGAAGUUAGCAAGCUGAGGAAGGAGCUGAGGAACUCAAAUCGAAGUGUAGUGACGCCAGUGCCGAGCGGCAUAAACUGCUGCGAGAACCUCACGUUCAUCAGCGGUGUAGUUUAUCUCGGUGGGCAGGAGCUGACGGGAGUAGAAGAGACGGAGAGUUCCAUCCGCUUUGCGAGCAAAGAGGACGGGUGCACCCCACGGGGAGUUGCUGGGUUUAAUGAAACCCAAUCUCAGGAGCUCCUCAAGCUGACGCUUGAGUUCGGUGGCCUCGGGGAUCGAGAGUCGAUAGGGUGCCUAGUGGUGAACACGAUAGUCAGGCACAAGCUGGAUGGAGUGUUCGACGUCGCGCAUCGAUGGGAUGUCGACGUACGAGAACGACGAUGGGAAAAUGUCAUGGUACUCUCGAAUGAGGUCACGAACUGCGGGCUCCAGGUCAGUCGUAUAUCAUGCGAGUUCCUCAGCGUCAGCGUCAGCUCGCGACGGCAGGGUGGACUCGACGGACGACGGAGAGUGGGAAGUAGAGAUGGGAGCCAUGGAGAUAGAAGGAGCAUCUGGCUCCAAAGGGAUGAGCUCGGCGUCGGGACAGGGUGGAUCAUAGUGUAAGAGAUCCGUAACGUUCACCAUAAGGAAGGUGACGUCGUCCUGUCGGAUGAAGUGAGCAAACUGCUGAGGCGAGGUAACAGUGAUAGAAGGAGAUGGUGUGGGCACGGAAGGCUCCGGGGGAGGAGGAUCGGGGCGUGGUGUCAUCGUGGUACCUAUGAAAGGUACGUGAUACGUCUGUCCACACUUCGUUUUGAGAACGAGAGUGUUGGCCGCCCAAUCGGCCUCGGUGCUGCGGAACCGACGAGACCACGGAGUACCGGGAAUAAAGUCGUACCCCAUCU